UCGCAGGCCAGCGGCCCGACAAUGCCAGGCGGGGGAGCCCCUUUCUCAGCAACACAGCACAGCAUCACCGCCUCGCCUCGCUGAGAAAAAGGACAGGCAGGAGAGAAAUGCAAAGGGAUGUAAGAUGGCAGAGCUACAAAUGCUAUUAGAGGAGGAAAUCCCUGCCGGUAAAAGAGCACUCGUGGAAAGCUACCAGAACCUGUCCCGGGUAGCGGAAUACUGUGAAAACAAUUAUGUUCAGGCUCAAGACAAGAAGAAGGCCCUGGAGGAGACCAAAGCCUACACCACUCAGUCUCUGGCCAGCGUGGCCUACCAGAUCAAUGCCUUAGCAAACAAUGUGCUGCAGCUGCUGGAUAUUCAAGCCUCGCAACUACGACGCAUGGAAUCGUCCAUCAACCACAUCUCCCAGACCGUGGACAUCCAUAAGGAGAAGGUGGCCCGCCGAGAAAUCGGCAUCCUGACCACAAACAAAAACACCUCUCGUACCCACAAGAUCAUCGCUCCGGGCAACAUGGAGCGGCCGGUGCGCUACAUUCGAAAGCCUAUCGACUACACGCUGCUGGAUGAUGUAGGACACGGCGUCAAGUGGCUUAAGGCCAAGCAACAUGGGAACAAUGCGGCGGGACGAGGGGGGACCCUUUCAAGGACCAACCCACCUUCACAGAAGCCUCCAAGCCCUCCCAUGGCUGGUCGUGGUACCCUUGGACGUAACACUCCCUACAAAACACUGGAGCCUGUGAAGCCCCCAGUGGUGCCAAAUGACUACAUGACGAGCCCGGCCCGACUCGGGAGCCAGCACAGCCCCGCGCGCACAGCGUCUCUCAAUCAGAGACCCAGGACACACAGUGGCAGCAGUGGUGGCAGUGGUGGGAGGGAGAACAGUGGAGGCAGUGGAGUCGGUGUCCCUCUAGCAGUUCCCACACCCUCUCCUCCCAGUAUGGGGCAAGUGGCCCCAUCGUCGGCCUCUGUGCCCCAGGGCCCCGGCUUGGGUCCCAUCCCCAUGUCCCAGUUUGGCACCAUCUCCCGCCAGAUCUCCCGUCACAACUCUUCCACCACCUCCUCAGCCUCCAUGGUGUCGGCCACUGGCACGUAUCGCCGCGCACCCUCCGUCUCCUCCCAGCAGCCCCAUCUUAACGGAGGCCCAACAUACACUCAGAACCCAGUGUCUGUGGCUCCUCCACCUCCUCCUCCUGUGGUCCAGCUGACCCCACAGAUCCCCCUGACCGGCUUCGUGGCCAGAAUGCAGGAGAGCA